AUGAACGUCUGGCACGCGGUGAUGGUGUUCGUACUUUGUGGUGUUGUCGUAGCUGCUGGCGCGAGCCAGAUUUCGUUCCCGCAUUCCACCACUGCUACUCGUAAACCAGCUCAAGACGUCACAGAGACAAAAGGAGUAAUCGCACAGAUGUUUGAGUGGACAUGGGACAGCAUCGGCGACGAAUGCCAGGCAUUCUUGGGUCCUGCUGGAUAUGCAUAUGUCCAAACGAGUCCACCUCAAGAGCACGUUGAAGGCGACCAGUGGUGGACAGACUACCAACCCGUCUCUUACACUCUGACCUCGAAACGUGGCAAUCGUCAGCAAUUUGCCAACAUGGUGACGAAAUGUCAUGCCGCUGGAGUGAAAGUAAUUGCAGAUACCCUGUUCAAUCAUAUGAGUGCUAUGGACUCUGGCAAGGGCUCUGGAGGAAGUUAUAUUGCUGCCACUGAUCUCGCGGAUAUCACGCGGCGUUUCGCCGGCAAGCCCUAUAUUACUCAAGAGGUGAUCUAUGGGGAGGGAGAACCUAUACAGCCAACGGAGUACACAGGGAUCGGUGACGUCCAAGAGUUCCGGUAUACAUACAUGGUGAAGGAUGCAUUCUCCAAGUCCGGGAUCUCGAAUCUGCAGAACUUGAAUGAUAAGGGUUGGGUCGAUGGCUCUGUCGCCAACGUCUUCGUCGCCAAUCAUGACACCGAGCGGAAUGGGGGAGGUCUGAAUUACAAAGCAUCAUCAAACACUUACAUUUUGGCGACUAUAUUCUCCCUCGCUCAUCCCUACGGGACGCCAUCGCUGCUGUCAAGCUACGACUUCUCCGACCAGGAUGCUGGAGGGCCCAAUGGCGGUGCAGGGACGUGCUCGGCGAGUGGCGGAGCGAAUGGAUGGCUUUGCCAACAUCGUUGGACCGCCUUCACCGGGAUGGUCUGGUUCCGGAACGUCGUUGGCAAGGAAGCGCUUGGGAACUGGGCGUCGUCGGGCAGUCAACAGAUUGCCUUUGGUCGAGGCUCCAAAGGAUUCGUCGCCAUCAACAAUGGGGACUCAUCGUGGACCAUGAAGUUCUCAACGUCCUUACCGGCCGGAACCUACUGCGACGUUAUCCACGGCACGUCUGCUCCUGGGAAGUGCGAGAAUCCUGUAUAUACCGUGGCUGAUGACGGUACUUUCUCCGCGACCGUUCCGGCUCGCGACGCUGUUGCUCUUCACAUUGGAGCUAUGCCAAGUUCUGGUGCUGUUCAUCAGCGCAGGGAAACUCCAGAUGAUCAGCAACUGGAUAGGUACGGAGGCGAAGUCGACGUCACGCUUCCUCCUGAUUCUCGAAGACCCGCGCCGACUAGUGUCUAUCGCCUGUAG